AUGGGGAUAGUAGAUAGCCAGUUCAUAGCGCCCCGCCUCAAGGCUAGUGUUUCGGCGGCGAGGGCGGACGAAGCGACGAUUUUCUUCGCGAAGCCUCCUACCAGUCGCCCAAGAUGGUCUCUGCAGAUUCCAGCCACCGCUCCUUGCCGCGAUUCACUGCACCACGAUCCAUCGACGUUCAAUUUCCACGAGCUCGAUGGAGGUGGUGACCAUCCCUCAAUUGUUAUUACUCCCCGUGGUCGUGGUUUACUGUUCCGGAAAACCUUCGCGUUCCGUUCUUUCCAGAUGAGCCAGAGCACUCCGGCCAGAAUUCCACCCGAUUUUGACCCUACUUGGGAAGUCACACAGAAGGAGGAGAUGUUCGAGCGUUUCAGGAGCGUUCUUACACAUCGGACACAAUGGAUCGGGGACCCGUAGCUCAUCCGCCAUCUUCUCCUUUAAUAGCAGCGGACAGUUUGGUCCAAAGAAGAUGCCCAAUUUGUUUAGAUUUAUUGCCUGCCCCGAAGCAUAGCAGUAUUGG